GAUAAAGCUCCAUAAGAAUCAUCCGAGAUUUAAAAAAAAAGAACAAAAACAAUCCAAAUCAUAAAUCUUGUUGUAGUAAUUACAAUGGCGUCAGAGCAAGCAAGAAGAGAGAACGUGGUGAAGGAGAGGGAAGUUCAAGUGGAGAAAGAUAGAGUCCCUAAGAUGACGAGUCAUUUCGAGUCUAUAGCCGAGAAAGGCAAAGAUUCCGACACACAGAGGCAACAGGAGACAACACACUUUGUGUCGCUUUCGGACAAAGGAAACGAAGGAGAAGGUGAGACCAAGAUGAAGAUGACUAAGAUGCCUCACACCGUUGGGAAGUUCGUUGUGCAUAGUGGUGAUAAAGAAGGGACGACGGGGAAGAAGGAGGAGGAGGAGCAAGAGAGGGCGUCACUAGAGGAUAUUCAAGGGUUUAGAGCCAAUGCUCAGCAACAAUCUAUGGAUACUAUACGAGCAGCGGAGGAGCGGUAUAACAAGGCUGAGGAGAGUUUGAGCCGUGGCGGACAAGGAGGACAACAAGCCGAGGGAAGAGGAAGAGAGAGUGGUGUCCAUGUUACUCACGUUGGGACUGAGAAAGGAGGAAACGUGCAAGGCACGGCAAGUGAGAAGACUCAGAGAGCUUCUGAGUACGCGAGGGAGAAGGCAAGGGAAGCUGGACACGUGGGGGCUCAAAAAGGGCAAGAGGCUAAAGAACAAGCUGCAAGAGCUAAAGAUUACACUAUGGAGAAAGCUGGUGAAGCCAAAGAAACUGCGACUGAGAAAGCUCAGAGAGCUUCUCAGUAUGCAACUGAGAAAGCAAAAGAAACAGGAAACAAGACAGCUGAACAAGCUGCAAGAGCUAAGGACUACACUCUUCAGAAAGCUGCUGAAGCUAAAGACACUGCCGCUGAGAAGGCUAAGUAUGCAACUGAGAAAGGAAGAGAAACGGGCAACACGGCGGCUGAACAAGCUGCAAGAGCUAAAGACAUAGCUUUACAGAAAGCUGCUGAAGCUAAAGACAUUGCAGCUGAGAAGGCUCAGUAUGCGGCUGAGAAAGGAAGAGAAAUGGGAAGCACGGCGGCUGAAAAGGCGGCAAGAGCCAAAGACUACACUCUCCAGAAAGCUGUUGAAGCUAAAGACAUUGCGGCUGAGAAAGCUCAGAGAGCUUCUCAGUAUGCCACUGAGAAAGGUAGAGACACUGGAAACACUGCGGCUGAACAGGCUGCAAGAGCCAAAGACUACACGUUUCAGAAAGCUGGUGAAGCUAAAGACAUUGCUGCUCAGAAAGGACAAGAAGCCAAAGAACAGACGGUUUCAGUGACGGCAAAAGCCAAAGACUACACGGUUCAAAAGGCCGGUGAAGCGGUGGAAAUGAGCAAAGAAGCGGCUGAGUAUGCAAAGGAGACGGUGGUGGAAGGAGGCAAAGGAGCUGCACAUUACGCUGGAGUGGCAGCCGAGAAAGCGGCUGCGGUUGGGUGGACUGCGGCGCAUUUCACGACGGAGAAAGUGGUCCAAGGGACCAAAGCGGUCGCUGGUACGGUGGAAGGAGCGGUUGGUUACGCAGGGCAUAAGACGGCGGAAGUUGGUUCUAAGGCGGUGGACUUGACUAAGGAGAAAGCUGCAGUGGCUGCUGAUACGGUGGUUGGAUACACAGCUAGGAAGAAAGAGGAAGCUCAACACAGAGACCAAGAGACGCACCAGGGAGGUGAGGAAGAGAAGGGACAAGGUUAUGUCAAAGAGCCAAGAAGAGGCUUUGAAGAGGAGUACAGAGGAGAAAGAGGGAGAGGUGAGGAAGAUGUCUUUGGGUAUGGAACAAAAGGCUUCUCCGGAGAAGAGAGGAGAGACGUCAGGGAGGAGUACGGAAGAGGAAGAGCGAGUGAGGAAGAUGUCUUCGGAUAUGGAACACAAGGAGGAGGAGUCUCCAGAGACGUUGGAGAGGAGGAGUUAUACGGAGGAGGAGGAAGAAGGAACGAGAGAUAUGCCCAAGAACAAGGGGCUGGAGCGGGAGGAGUGCUUGGGGCUAUUGGCGAGACUAUAGCUGAGAUUGCAAAGACCACGACGAACAUAGUUAUUGGUGAUCCUCCUGAGAGGACACAUGAGCAAGGAAGUACGGGGUACAUGGGACAGGAACAUGGACGUCGUUGAUAAGUGAAAAAGGAGACAUGUUUUGUUUUUUGUGUUUGUCUAAAAGGGUUUUUGUAUGUAAAUAACAAAAAGCUCUGUUUCUGUUAUGUGUAAUGGUUGGUGAACCAAUACCAUCUCCACUGGUCUUUUAUCUACUCUUUGGAUCUCUUAAGAGUAGAUAAAAACUCUGUUUCUGUUAAAAACUUUCAAAGCAUGUAAUGUGGUUGGUGAACCAAUAUCAUCUCUCUGUUA